AUGGAGUGUGGUGGUGGUCGGGGUUGGCGCUUUCUGAUGGCAUGUAUAAAAGGCAUUGCACUUUGAAAUUGCAAUCGGUGUUGGUCAUCGUCAACUACAUUUUCUCCGUCUCUUCGUUUUUGCUCUUUCUGUCUCUCUCGAGCUCUGAGAGAUUCAGAUUCAGAUCUAGAUCAGAUCUGUAACUAUUCCGUGUUACUCACGUUUCCGAAGAACAAAACCAAAAAAACCAAAAAAAAAAAAAGAAGAAAAAUGGCGACUGUGUCCCCUCUCGCCAAGUACAAGCUCGUUUUCUUAGGCGAUCAAUCGGUUGGAAAAACCAGCAUAAUCACUCGCUUCAUGUAUGACAAAUUCGACACUACCUAUCAGGCUACUAUUGGUAUUGACUUCUUGUCAAAAACAAUGUACCUUGAAGAUCGAACAGUUCGUCUACAGCUUUGGGAUACUGCAGGACAAGAAAGAUUUAGAAGUCUCAUUCCAAGCUACAUAAGAGAUUCUUCUGUUGCAAUUGUUGUCUAUGAUGUAGCCAACCGACAAUCAUUUUUGAACACUAACAAGUGGAUUGAGGAGGUGCGUACAGAACGAGGAAGUGAUGUUAUUAUUGUCUUGGUUGGGAACAAAACUGAUCUUGUUGAGAAAAGGCAGGUUUCUAUAGAGGAAGGUGAUGCCAAGUCCCGUGAGAGUGGAAUCAUGUUCAUAGAAACCAGUGCAAAAGCAGGCUUCAAUAUUAAGCCUUUAUUUCGCAAGAUUGCUGCAGCAUUGCCAGGGAUGGAAACUCUUUCUUCUUCGAAACAGGAAGACAUGGUUGAUGUAAAUUUAAAACCCACCGUUAAUUCAUCCCAGACAGAGCAGCAAGGAGGAGGUUGCUCGUGCUAAAGAAAGCCUAUUCACAAAAAGAGCCAAUACAAGUCUGUUUACUUGGCACAAUUAUGGGAUUAGCUCCUAAAAUGGAAAGAUACUGUUGAGGUAGACUUGGGGGAGAGGGGUUGCCAGUAAUGGUUUUUUGUGUAAGAUAAAAAAAAUAAAAAAUAAAAAUAAAAAAACGUUAGUUAUAUGUUUCAUUUUAUUUAUUAUGCAAUUAGACUCUUUAUGUAAGAAUGCAGGUUACAAGGUUGUAUAAAAAUUGUUUCUGGUUGACAUGA